UAGUUGCGUGAUUGAUCAUGCUUAUCUGGGAUGUAGUGACGAAAUAUUGUUUAGUCAUCUAUUCCGAUUUUUUCCUAUAAUAUUCGUGUAUUAUAUAGUAUAUAAAUGUGUAUAUAAUUCUUGUGUACUGAGAGGAAAAAGAUCUUUUAUCGGGAUGUGCACGUUCUUCGUGGGGGUGACGUGACAUGUGAUUCUUCACCUUCCGCGAUCCCAUUUUUCAAAAAGAAUGCAGAGAUAAUAGUCGCGCCUUCGACUAUAUUCGAAUCUCGAUGCCUCUCUAAACGAUGACGGUUUCUUAUUGGCCCGGACCACUCAGUCAUCCGCUCCAUUUGUAUUUUACGACGUGUUAGCAGAUCAUUUGUACAAUCAGAGAGGCCCGUUUCUUUCAAGAAUACGAGCGCGCUCCCCAGCAGAAAGUGUACGUACACGUGUAAGUGUAUGCAUAUCGUAAUAUUCUAUCUCGUUCGGAUAGGAAUCUCAUAAAAAAGAAGAGAAAAAGUCAGAUUACAAUGGAAACACACAUAUCUCAUAAUAAUGAUACCACAAUAGAACAGGUGAUAUCUCGUCUUUCUAUAGAAGAAUCAAAAUGUAUAAAGCCGCAAAGCAAAGGUGAAACCAGAGGACAAAGGCUUACUGGUCUUACGCAUGAAUGUGGUGUUUUUGGAUGUAUUGCUUCAGGUGAUUGGCCAUCGCAAAUUGAUGUUGCCCAAGUUGUUUGUCUAGGUUUAGUAGCAUUACAGCAUCGAGGCCAAGAAAGCGCAGGAAUUGUUACAAGCGAGGGUGUCUGCUCCAAGUCAUUCCAUGUACAUAAGGGUAUGGGAAUGAUCAAUAAUAUCUUUAAUGAUGAAAUUAUGAGAAAGCUUAAAGGAAAUCUUGGAAUUGGUCAUACUAGAUAUAGCACAAGUGCAGCCAGCGAAGAAGUUAAUUGUCAACCAUUUGUAGUACAUACUGCACACGGAGCAUUAGCAGUUGCUCAUAAUGGAGAAUUAGUUAAUACAGAAUCUCUUCGAAAAAUGGUAUUAGGUCGAGGUGUUGGUUUAUCAACAUAUUCGGAUUCGGAACUUAUAACACAAGCGCUCUGUUUGAAUCCUCCGGAAGGCGAGGUGAAUGGACCAGACUGGCCUGCGCGUAUUAAACACCUUAUGCAAUUGGCACCAUUAUCAUAUUCUUUAGUUAUAAUGCAAAGGGAUAGAAUUUAUGGUGUGCGAGACCCUUAUGGAAAUCGUCCUCUUUGCUUAGGGAAAAUAGUACCAGUUGGCAAUCUCGCAAGUAGUGAUUCUGAUGAUGACGAUGAUGAAGCAGAAGGUUGGGUAAUUUCAUCAGAAUCUUGUGGAUUCUUAAGCAUCGGCGCGAGAUAUGUUCGCGAAGUAUUUCCUGGCGAAAUUGUCGAGCUUACUCGAGAAGGCAUUAAAACUAUUGAUAUAGUAGAAAGGCCUGAUAAAAAACCACAGGCAUUUUGCAUUUUCGAAUAUGUCUACUUCGCCAGGUCGGAUAGUAUUUUCGAAGGACAAAUGGUAUAUUCCGUACGUAUGCAAUGUGGUCGAGUAUUAGCGAUGGAAUCGCCGGUUGAAGCUGAUAUAGUAAGCUCUGUACCCGAAUCUGGAACCGCAGCCGCGCAUGGAUAUGCCAGACAAUCGAAAAUACCAUUCGCCGAAGUUUUGUGCAAAAAUAGAUACGUAGGUAGGACAUUUAUUCAACCUAGUGCACGAUUAAGGCAGCUUGGCGUAGCUAAAAAAUUUGGAGCUUUAUCGGAGAACGUUAAAGGGAAAAAGGUAGUCUUGAUUGACGAUUCUAUUGUCAGAGGAAAUACAAUUGGCCCGAUUAUCAAAUUAUUACGUGACGCGGGCGCCAAAGAAGUUCAUAUUAGAAUAGCAUCACCUCCUCUUAAAUAUCCAUGCUAUAUGGGCAUCAAUAUCCCAACAAGAGAAGAACUUAUCGCAAAUAAGCUUGAUAAUGUAAAAUUGGCCAAGUAUGUAGGAGCAGAUAGUUUAACGUACCUUUCGGUCGAGGGACUUGUUGAAGCUGUCAGACAUCGCAUGGAUAAUCGUGAAAGCAAUUAUAUUGGACACUGUACUGCUUGUCUAACAGGGGAAUAUCCAGAUGAACUCCCUGGUGAUCUUGAGUGGUAA